AUGCUAAAAGAAGCCUCCUCAGUAACCGCCCUCCUCUCCUCCCUCUCCGCCCUCGCCGAAGCCAACCCCUCCCGCCGCGUCCGCGCUCCUCUCCGGAUUCACUUCCCCGGAUUCCCCUCUCCCACAACGGUCUCCUGCCCAGGAACCCCCCUCUCAAAGGACGCCGCCGCCCUCCCCCCUUCUUACUCCAUCUCCGCCACCGCUCUAUCCAACAUCACCCUACCCAACUGCGACCUCAGUCCCGUCUCCAGCCACUCUUCUUCCUCCUUCUCAGAACCCGGCGACCCUGGCACCAACACUGGGCAUUCUAGGAGAAGAGGAUCAGAAGCCAGCAACGCCCAAGGCAGCAUCCCUCAUUACAUGGUGAUCUGCCUCGACCUCGACCCGCCUUUCCCCAGUUUCCCCGUGCUGGCGCCGAUUUUGCAUUCUUUGGAGGCGGACCUGAGACUGGAGACGGAGGAGCUGGAUGCUGACGAGGGGUAUAUUUACCUCACGGCUGACGAGGUGGCUGGUGGGUCAGAGGGUAUUAGACACGCUAGGAGUGAGAUGAGGACGAAGCCCGUGGUCGGGUAUAUGGGACCGAAUCCGCCCGGGGUGAGUAGUCCACAUCGGUAUAUCUUCUUGUGCUGGGAGCAACCCGGGGGUGUGGAUGGGCGGAAGGUCAGGGAGGUCUUGGGAUUGGAUAGUGAGCAGGAGAAGGAGGAUGUGGGGAUGGUGACGAGGGUGAGGUUUGAUCAGGAGGCGUUUGAGAGGAAUUUGGGCCUGGGGCAGGUGGUGGCGGGGAAUUAUUUUGUUUGUUGA